AUGCGUGAUCUCAAGCAGCGCUUGUUUGAUCUAUUGCGGUCUGGCGGCAUAUCCGUCGGCGACAACAACAACAACAACAACAACAACAAUGCCACCGGUAACAACAACAAUGGCGUGCCACAGAUGCAGAUCCUCAUGCCGCAUCAUCAUCAUCAGCAGCAGCAGCAGCAGCAGCAAUAUUCUCCGCUUCACCCAAUGCCAAAGCCGAAAAAGUUGCAUGAAUAUACUGCGGCCGAUUGUAAUGCGGCCUUUUUGCGUAAAUAUCAUGAUCUGAGCAUUAACAGGGCGAGGGACAGGGAGCGGGAGCUGGAGCUGGAGCUGGAACCGAACGGCGCCUCGAAUGUGAUAUAUUUCAACGAGAACCUAUCGAUGACCAGCAAAUACAAUGUACGCCAGUUUCCGCUAACGCGCUACCCCUCCUGCCCGCUAAGCAGCUUCGGCAUGUCGCCGCCUCGGGCGGAGGACAGCGCGGGCAGCAGCCUGGCCGAGGAUACGGAGAGCGAUAGAUACAAUUUCUGCUCGGAUGAGGAUCAGAGCAGCAACGCACGCACGCUCAAGCUGCGCUGCCACAAGCUGCACAUGGAUACAUAUGCGGAGGCAGAGGGGGUGGCGGAGGGGGAGGCGGACGCAGACAUGGAUGGAGACCUCGAUGACGAAGAUCACGCCGAAUCGCAACUGGACUCAUUCUGCACGCUCUGCACCUCCACGUUCAGCUACAACAAAUGCUGCCGCUUCUGCGACAACUCGCUCUGCGGCUCCAAAUGCAACUCGGAGCGCGGCUCCCAUGCGAGUCGCCUCAGCUGCAAUCGCACCAACUACGGCCCCAUCGAUCCUGAGCUCGACUUUAAUGGCCAGCUCCUGCAUCAGCAUCCGCACCAUCAUCAACAGCGCUUCGGCGGCACCUCCAAAUUUUUCACGGCCCAACAGCAGCCGGUUGCCGCAGCAGCCGCUGCCAUCAGAACGAUCAACGACUAUGCGCUAAGCUCGAAUCAGCAGCUGAAGCACAACAACUACCACAACAGCCACAGCAAUAGCAGCAAAUACAACAACAUCAAGCUAAACAAGCUGCACAACAACAGCCACAACAACAACAGGAGCAACCACAACCACAACCACAAUCUGAACAGAAUGCAUGCCCAUCAGCUGGACUCAUAUCUGGGUGGCAUGCCCAUCGGCAUGAACAUGCCCAGCCCAAUGCAUCCGGGGACAAUUUCUGGCAACGAAAGGCCCAACGGAGGCGCAUUAGCAUUACAUUAUGCGGCGGCCAGGGGCUGCCUGGACUGUGUUCAGCUGCUUGUGGCCGCAUCUGUAGACAUUUGCGCCAAUACGCAAAUGGACAAUGAUGUCACGCCCGUUUACCUGGCCGCCCAGGAGGGGCAUUUGGAGGUGCUCAAGUUUCUGGUGCUUGAAGCCGGCGGCUCGCUCUAUGUGCGCGCACGCGACGGCAUGGCACCGAUCCAUGCCGCUUCACAAAUGGGCUGCUUGGAUUGCCUCAAAUGGAUGGUGCAGGAUCAGGGCGUGGAUCCCAAUUUACGUGAUGGAGACGGUGCCACUCCACUGCAUUUUGCCGCCUCGCGUGGCCAUCUGUCUGUGGUACGUUGGCUGCUCAACCACGGCGCCAAAUUGUCGCUGGACAAAUAUGGCAAAUCGCCGAUUAACGAUGCGGCCGAGAAUCAACAGGUGGAGUGCCUCAAUGUGCUGGUGCAGCAUGGCACCACCGUGGACUACAACAACAAGAACAACAACACACAGCGUCACAAAUCGCAGCACCAACAUCAACAUCAACAGCAGCUGCAGCAGCAGCAGCAGCAGCAACAGCAGCAACACAUGAGCAGCAGCUGCAACUCGAAUACAAAUUCCAGCAAGCAGACAAGCCGCAGCAACACGAUCAAAUCAAAGUCCUCAUCCACGCUCAGCUCCGAUGUGGAGCCAUUUUAUUUGCAUCCGCCAGCUGUGACGGCAGCUGCUGCCGCUGCUGGCGUUGGCCUGGGCAUGGGCUUGGGCUUGGGCGUUGGCAUUACUCGCAAGAACAGCGACGCUUUGUACUCGCAACAGUCGCGCAGCUCCUCGGAGAAGCUCUAUGGCGCCGCGGGUGGUGGUGCUGGUGGUGGCGGUGCGACGGGCAGCACAAGCGGCGGCGGUGCGCUGCUGCCCAACGAUGGCCUCUAUGUGAAUCCGAUGCGAAAUGGCGGCAUGUAUGCCACGCCCUCGCCGAACGGGAGCAUAUCGGGCGAGUCGUUCUUUCUGCACGAUCCCCAGGAGAUCAUCUACAAUCGGGUGCGCGAUUUGUUCGUUGACUCGGACUGCAGCAGCGUGAAGCAGCACCAGAUGCCGCAUCCAUUGCACUCGAUACAAUCGAAGGCCAGCAAUGCCAUCAUGACCAUUCAGGCGGAUGUCCAUUCCAGCUCGAGCGGCGCAGGCAGCGGCUCCGAUGAGUCCGUUUCCAUCUCGUCCAGCUUCAACUCGCCAAAGAGCAGCAGUCAUCAUCACAGUAAUAAUCACAGUCACAAUCAUCACCAGCAUCCGCACCAGCUGCGCAGUCAGAGCUUCAAUCGGCAUGGAAGCAGCAGCAAUAUCAGCAGCAGCAGCAACAUUAAGAACAACAACAACAACAACAGCAGCGGCAGCAGCAGCGGCAACAACAAUAAUAACAACAACAACAACAGCAACAGCAGCUACAAGCAACAUAAGAGCAGCAGCAGCAACAUCAGCAGCAAUGGCAAUCAGAACGGUGAUCAUGACUACGAGGAUAUAUAUUUGGUACGCGAGGAGUCACGUAAGCAACAUCAGCAUCAACAUCAGCAUCAGCAACAACAGCAACAGCAACAGCAGCAGCAACAACAGCUUCAGCAACAGCAGCAGCAACAGCAGCAGCAGCAGCAGCAACAGCAGCAGCAGCAGCAACAGUUGCAGCACAAAUAUAGUGUGGGCAGAUCACGCUCCCGCGAUAGUGGCUCACAUUCCCGAUCCGCCAGCGCCAGCUCCACGCGCAGCACAGAUGUGGUGCUGCAGUACAGCAACCAUCAUUUGAACAACAAGCGCAACAACUAUAACAACAGUAGCAGCAACAACGGCAGCAACAAUAACAACAACAACAGCAGCAGCAGCAGCAACAACAUCAACAACAACAACAACAUAAGCCUACUGAAUCGCAAUAAAUCGCAUUCAAUGAUUGGCCUGCACAGCAGCAAAUACGAUUCAAGCAUCAAGGAUAACUAUAGCGGCAAGAACAUAAAUCUAAAUCUGAAGAAUCAGCUCCUGAAUGGCGGCAUCAAGAGCGACACCUACGAGAGCGUCUGCCCGCCCGAGGAUGUUGCCGAGCGCACCAAGCAGUCGCACAAGAACUCCAUGAUACGCAACAACUUGGCGGAUGCUGGCAUGCUUAGCAGCAAUCCCAACCUGUCCAUGCACAACAACAACAACAGCAGCAGCAAUGGUAAUGUCCACAUCAACAGCAACAGCAACAGCGACAGCAGCAACAGCAUCAAUCAAAACGGCUCCAACAACAUGAACAGGAAUUUGAAACGCGUCUCCUCGGCGCCGCCCAUGCAGAAUCUAGCCGUGGUUAAUGGACCUCCGCCGCCACCCCUGCCGCCGCCACUGCGUGCUCCCGUGCAGCGCAACAACCUGAAUGGCGAACACUCCAGCAACAACAGCAACAGCAGCAGCAACAACAUCAACUCAAAUAACAGUAACAACAUCUAUAAGAAGAAUCACUUUGGCAACGCACCGCCACCCGCAACAGCGACAACAACACAAGCGACAGUCACAACAACUGUUGGCUCUGCAGCCGGACAUGACGCCGUGGAUUCGGACUCAGGCCUAGAGGUUGUGGAGGAGCCCAGUCUGCGUCCCUCGGAACUGGUGCGUGGCAAUCACAAUCGCACCAUGUCGACCAUAUCAGCGAACAAGAAAGCCAAGCUCCUCAAUGGCAAUGGCAACGCCAACGGCAACAGCAACAGCAACAUCAACGGCAACGGCAACGGUAAUGGAGGCGCCUGCGCUGACGCUGCAGCAGCAGCAGCAGCAGCUGCCACCGCUGGCAACGGGGAUGGGCACUAUCAGCACGCCAAUGGCAGCAUCUAUGGCUAUGCGGAGGGCAAGCAACGCUGCGGCAGCAACAGCAACAGCAACAGCAGCAGCAGCUAUCAGCCCUCGCACUAUCACCAGCAGCAACAGUCGGUCUAUGCGGCCAGCAUCUAUGGCGUGGGUUCAUCCGCCGAGGAUCACUACGAGCUGCAGCAGUCGCAGUAUGGCGGCAGCUAUAACGGGGAGGGCGCCGGCGUUGGCGUGCGCUCCGGUGGCCCCAAUUUGGUCAACAAGCAGCUGGUGCUGCCGUUUGUGCCGCCCAGUUUUCCCAACAAAUCACAAGACGGCGUCACGCAUCUCAUCAAGCCGUCGGAGUAUCUAAAGAGCAUAAGCGAUAAGCGUUCGUGUCCAUCCUCGGCCCGCUCCACGGACACGGAGGACUACAUGCAAAUCCAGAUCGCACAGCAGCAGCAUCAUCAUCAUCAGCAUUCGCACCAGCAUCCGCACCAGCAUCAGCAUCAUUCGCAUGCUCUGGGCGUGGGCGAGCAGCCACCGUUGCCGCCGCCGCCGCCACCGUUGCCGCAUAUGAUGCCGCCGCCAAUGCCAAUGAUGCUGUCGGCAAUGGCUGGCGAUGCCACCAGCAAGUCACAGAAGCCCAAGAAGCCGCACGGCUCAGCUGGGCCCAGCAGCCAGGAUACGGCCACGCGCAAGCAGCAUCAGCCGCUGUCCGCAAUUUCCAUACAGGAUCUGAACAGUGUACAGUUGCGACGCACGGACACACAGAAGGUGCCGAAGCCCUACCAGAUGCCGGCACGCAGUCUGAGCAUGCAGUGCCUGACGACCAGCACGGACACAUAUCUGAAGACGGAUCUGAUAGCCGAGCUGAAGAUCUCAAAGGAUAUACCCGGCAUCAAGAAGAUGAAGGUCGAACAGCAGAUGGCCAAUCGCAUGGACUCGGAGCAUUAUAUGGAGAUAACCAAACAGUUUACGGCCAACAACUAUGUUGAUCAGAUCUACUUACAGAUACCAGAAAAGGAUCAGGCCGGCAAUGCCAUACCCGACUGGAAGCGCCAGAUGAUGGCAAAGAAGGCAGCCGAGCGGGCCAAAAAGGACUUUGAGGAUCGCAUGGCCCAGGAGGCGGAGUCGCGUCGCCUCUCGCAGAUACCCCAAUGGAAACGCGACUUGCUGGCUCGUCGCGAAGAAACUGAAAACAAGCUGAAAGCGGCCAUCUAUACGCCCAAAGUGGAGGAGAAUAAUCGCGUGGCGGACACCUGGCGCCUCAAGAAUCGCGCCAUGUCCAUCGAUAACAUCAAUCUGGCCACCUGCAGCGCCGCCGGCGGCCUCAAUGUCGAGCAGCACUAUCAGCAGCUGCAGCUGCUCCAGCAGCAGGCGCAGCAGGCGCAUCCACAGGGCAACAAGGAGAACCACAGCGAAGGGUCCACAGCAGCCAAGCCCGGCGAUUGCGAGCCACCACUGCUGCAGCAGCAGCAGCAGCAGCAUCAGCAGCAGCAGCAACCACAGGAUGCACUGGAUCAGGGCGAGGACGAUCAGGAUGAUAGCGACAACAUCAUUCCCUGGCGUGCACAGCUCCGCAAGACCAACAGUCGCUUGAGCUUGAUCUGAGUUGGCCGUCUCCGCGCUUAAGUCUCUUGUAGUGCAUUUUUUUUUGUUUAUUUUUUUUUCUCUUUAAUACGAAUAUAUAUAACUUAACGAAUGUGCAAUUA